AUGGACACCAAGGAUCAACAGCUGACCAAAAGAUUGGAACAACAGCGUAAGGUCAUGCUCGGCGCAAGCGAUAGAGGAGGCAAGUGUCCCAACCAAGGCUUCUGGAAUGAGUAUGAAUUGGUCCAACCUGAGGAUCCUGGUGCCAUUCGCAUUCUUGUUUUCGGCAACACAGGUACUCAAGUAUCCAAUAGAGCCAGGGGCCAGCACGACGUUAGCAACGAGAUAAGAUUCGAAAAUCGGCCAGAUCUCGUGGUGCAUGACUCUGGCGGGUUCGAAGCUGAAAGCUCUGAAGAGACCCAGGCAAUCGAAGACUUCCUCAAGACCAAAUCUGCGCCACAAUUGGAAAUUGGCGACCGCCUGCAUGUAAUUUGGUUCUGCUUGGACCUCAAUGCACCUCGAGCCAUGCAAGCAUCGACAAUAACACUCUUCAAAUCAGUAUCAAAGCGUCGUCAGCUCAAGCACAAGAAUAAGACUCUGACGGAUGAAGAGUGCGACCAAUAUGCUGAAGUGCAGUUCCCGGAGCUCAUGGAUCUCAUAGAGGAGGAGAUGCUCAGAGUGGAGGGUGGACGGUUGGAUGCCUGCAUUGGAGUCUCAGCCGGCGAGACGAUGGAGGAAGACGCUCUCGGUUACGACCAGGCGUCGAUCGAAUAA